AUGGAAAACUUUUUGAAAAGUAGAAAUGUUAAUUCUGAGUUAAUAAACAAAAUGAAAGAUGACGGGAUAGAUGAAGAAGUUCUGUCUAAAAUUGAAAUCCAACAACUUCAGAAAUAUUUACCAAAAUAUGGAGACUGCUUAGCUGUAACAUUAUUUGCCAAACAACACACCUCCUUACAGACCAAUGACAGAAAAAGAACUUUAAGAGAACGAUUAGUGUCAAAGUUACAAGGAAACCAGAACGAACAUGGAAGACGGGCAACUGCACAAGAGGGAAACAGGAAUGCGAAAAAAGGUUCGAGGAAAAUUGAAUUGGGAUGGUUACACGAAUAUAGUGAAAAGGGGUUGAAACAAGUUAGAUCUCCUAAUGGUGGUGGAACCAGGACAGUGGAUAUGUAUUUAGAUAGUUCAAUUUCUGAUUUACUUGUUGAAGCCAAACAAUUGUUUUUUCCAAACGGCACAUCAAAAAAGGGUCCUGCAAAAAACUUUGAUUUCUACAUAACUGACCAAACGCAAACGAAAUUAGAUUGGACCAUAACACUGAAUCAUGUUAGUCAAACAACAAAGUUAAAAGCUUUGAGGUUUUAUAUGGUUACAAAGGCUGUUGAUGAUGACAAUACAUUACCAGAUUUAACUCCUCGGAUUAAGCAAGCCAAAUUGGAUAUUGAAGCUGCAACUCAACCGAAUGAAGACAAAAACGGCAGCGAUCUCGAAUCCGAGGACUUUUUUGACAAGUAUGUCUACAGUGACAUAGAAACGCCAUCUUUUGACAUUUUGCAGCAAGCCAUGACAGAUUCUAACAUACCACAAGAACCAAGCAAUUUACGCAAAAGUCCAGUGCAUUAUAUAGACCAUAUAGACACUCAACUAGAACCCGAAAACAGUCAAAAUACCAUUACAUGUAUGCAGGAUACAAGUCUUUGUGACUCACCCAUCACAUCUACUGUUCGAAAUGAAUCCAGAAGCAAUAGCCAAAUUCGCUGUCAACAAGCAGAUUUUGCCGACCCAUUCUCAAUGAAUUUAUGUUUACAUCGAACAAUACUACAGAAUGAAUUGAUAGGAUAUUUUAAAAAUCCAGAUAUUCUCCAUUCAAAUUUGAAUAUUUCAUUUGUUGAUGAAAAAGGGCAAGAUCAAGAUGGGUUGUCUAGAGACGCUUAUGCCGGGUUUUGGGAUUCGUUUUACCAAAGGAAUACUGAUGGAGAAACGUAUAGAGUACCCAUUUUAGUCAACGAGUACUCACAAAAGGAAUGGGGCUCAAUUGGGAGGAUAUUGUUAAAAGGUUUUAUAGACCAUCGAUAUUUCCCUAUAAACCUGGCUCCAGCCUUUGCCAUAGCAUUAAUUCACGGAGAAGAUAGUAUAACACCUUCGAUUCUCAAAGAUUCAUUUCUACUAUUCCUAUCAAAUUCAGAAAAGGAUGUCCUGAUACAGGCUAUAGAUGGUAAGGAUUUUGAUGAGGAUGAACUAUUAGGCAUAUUAGACCGUUUCCACUCACACGUUCUUCCACACAAGGAUGAAUUAAACGCUUUCAUAUUGCAAGUGGCACAUCGAGUCAUAAUACAAGAACCAAAAUACGCACUAGAUUCAAUGAAAGCCGUCUGUGGAACUGCACUUCGAGACUUUCUUCCAGACAGUAAUUCCAUCUUAAACAUUUACGAAAGCUUGAAAACAACGGUUAUGAAAGUUAUCAAACUCUUCAAUGCUAUUCCCUUGAAUAAGGAAGAAACUAUGGCCUUUGAUUUUCUGAAAAGAUUUAUAAGAGGAAGAAAUUCGGAGCAAUUAAGGCGACUUUUGAGAUUAUUAACGGGAUCUGAUGUCAUUUGCGUCGAUAAAAUAGAAGUGAGUUUUGUGGUUCGACAUGGUAGUCGACGUAUUCCAACUAUCCAUACAUGUGGGCCUUCACUUGAGCUUCCGUCGACGUAUUCGAGUUUCCCCGAUUUUCGGAGCGAAUGGGAGAACAUUUUAGAAAACAGAGAGAGCAUUAAAAUGAACAUAGCUUAA